UCAAUCUCCUAGCGGCAUAAAUAGAUUGAUAUUUAAGAAGUCAUAGAGGAAAUAGAAAUAGUGAUUUGAAUGAAAGUAAUAAAAGAGGUAUUCAAAGAUGUUGACGUGAGGAUUUUUCCUAAGUGCACUACUAUACUGUGGCCAUAUCUAUUGACAACUAUCCAUCAUUCUCAGGAACAAGGGGCGUACAGUGGCCAUAUCUCAUAAACAACUAUCGAUCAUUAUUCAAGAAUUGUGGAAAUUUAUCAAGAGUUCAAGUUGAAAUUUGAUUUCAAUUAGUACCAGGUUUACAGGCUAGCAGACUUCCAUGUUAGGAACCCACUACAUAUUCAGCAAAGUAGUUGUAGACAAGCUUUUCAAAUAAAUAAAUAGAGGCAACCAUCAUGAGAAGAAGCAGAAGGCAGUAAUGGAGGAAGCAAACCCCAAGUCCACCUUAUCUCCACCUAAUUCCUACAUUGCCGUCGUUCUUGGAGGUACUUUUGAUCGUUUACACGAUGGUCACCGCCUUUUUCUUAAGUCGGCUGCGGUAUUGGCUAAGAAUCGAAUUGUCAUUGGAGUUUGCGAUGGUCCAAUGUUGACUAAGAAACAGUAUGCUGAUCUGAUAGAGCCAAUUGAGCUGAGAAUGAAACAUGUUGAAGAUUACAUCAAGUCUAUAAAACCUGAGCUGAUAGUGGAAGUAGAACCAAUAGUGGAUCCCUAUGGUCCGUCAAUCGUCGAUGGGAAUUUGGAGGCCAUUGUCGUCAGCAAGGAGACAUUGCCCGGUGGACUGUCUGUUAAUAGAAAGAGGGCUGAAAAAGGACUCUCGCAGCUAAAGAUCGAAGUUGUAGAUCUAGUCUCUGAAGAAUCAAGUGGAGACAAACUGAGUUCUACUGCUUUGAGAAAACUUGAAGCUGGGAAGCUCAGGGACCAAGAACUUGAAGCUGUGAAGCUCAGAGACCAAACAAUUGAAGCUGAGAAGCUCAGGGACCACAAUCCCGAAAGUCAGAGUUAAAACUUUUUCUUGUCUAUACUCGUUCAAAGGAGUUUCACUUUGUUUUAUUUCAAUUUGUUGUUAGGAUUCACAAGGAAACACUGUAGCCAUCAUAGAUGUGAAAUUGUCUUGGAAAACAAUAAUCUCUUCAGAAUCAUACUGGAGUUGUUUUCACAGUUACUUGUAAAUCUAUAAAAUGUGUUUAAAUUGA